UUUUCCAACACAAGGAUGUGGUGAUGGAUGAAGAACUUAUAGAAGAACAGGAAGGCAUUGCUAACAAUGAAGAACAGGUUCAACGUUUGCCAGCACUGAGGUCUUUAUAUAGCAGGGUCCAGAGUUUCGUUCGGUUUGUUAAUCGAACACAACGGAGUGUAGACGUUUUUUGGCUAAAUUAUCAAGGAGUUCGACAGAAGUAUAAG